CCCCACAAUCUCCGCCGUUGAUUUCCCGCCGUCUUACAUCCCCCUAUGUUCUUCCAAUUUAGGGUUUCCUCCGCCGUUCCCUCUCCACCGCCCGACCACCACCAUCUCUUCCCUCCAUGUCAUCAACGAUCAACCACCUCCACCAUCACCACCGAAUCGACGGCCAGAUUUCUCCCCUCACUUCUUCCUGCCCUCAUCUAGCCGACUUCCGUUCCCGCAACGGCGCCAAGCCCUUUCGCGCCCUCCAGGACUGCCUCCGCGUCAAACCUCCCGGCGGCAGGGCCGGGAUCCGCCGCGAACCCUCCGAGGUCCCCCGCUGCGCAGCGUGCGGCGAUUCCUCCCCGUCGAGGCUCUACGCCUGCGUCGCGUGCGCAGCCGUGUUCUGCCACGCUCCCUCCGGCGGGCCCUCCCAUGCCUCCGCUCACGCCGCCUCGAUGCCCCUCGGCGGCCACGAGAUCGCGGUCGAUGUCGAUCGAGCCGAGCUUUUCUGCUGCGCCUGCCGCGAUCAGAUCUACGAUCGCGAUUUCGAUGCCGCCGUGGUCUUGUGUCAGUCCGCCGCGCUCAAGUCCGCGAUCGCCGUCCAGUCGUCGGGGAACCCGGAGAACAUGCGGAAGCGGCGGCGGGUAGAUUACCGUCCCUGGUCGCCCGAUGUUCGCGAGCGUUUGCUGAUGGAUAAUGGAUCGAGCGUGUUGGAUUGCGAGAUCGAUCGGCCUCGAGGGCUUAGAGGGCUGAACAAUCUGGGGAACACUUGUUUUAUGAACUCGGUGUUGCAGGCCUUGCUGCAUACUCCGCCGUUGAGGGACUAUUUCUUGAGUGAUCGGCACAAUCGGUAUUACUGCCAGCUGAAGAACGCGGCAACUACGGGCCGGAUCGGCAGCGGUGUCGGUGGUGGCGGGAAGAGGAAUGGCGGGAAUGGUGGUGGCGACAACAGCAAUGGGAUGAUUAAAGGUGUGAAGCUGUGCUUAGCUUGCGACGUGGAUGCGAUGUUUUCCGCUGUUUUUUCUGGCGAUCGCAAACCAUAUAGCCCCGCGAAGUUUUUGUACAGCUGGUGGCAGCAUGCGUCUGACUUGGCAAGCUAUGAUCAGCAGGAUGCUCAUGAAUUUUUCAUUUCUAUGCUUGAUGGAAUCCAUGAAAAUGUGGAGAGGGAUCGAGGAAAACCCCCGAGUCCAGGCUUUGGGGGGUUUAUUAGGUCUAUGUACUUGCCUUAGGAGUUGAAAGUGCAAGUGUUAGGACUAAGUCUUCACCAACCUGCAGAUUUGAUCGUGUCAUCCUGCUUUUGCUCCUGACAUGGAGACUGCUGUAUUGCACACAGGGUAUUUUCCGGCAUCUUGCGGUCCGAUGUCAUGUGCAUGGCCUGUGGUUUCACAUCCACAACAUAUGACCCAUGUGUGGACAUCUCACUCGACUUGGAGCCUCACCAAGUGACAGCUCAUGGAAAGACAUCUGCUAAAUCUCAUCCAUCUUCCAAUAGUGAAGCAAACGGCUUCAGUUCGACCCAAAUCCCCACGACAUCUACCCUGAUUGGAUGUUUGGACCGCUUCACCCGACCCGAACGAUUGGGGUCCGACCAGAAAUUCUUCUGUCAACAGUGCCAAGUGAGUCAGGAAUCCCUGAAGCAGAUGUCGAUUAGAAAGCUCCCAUUGGUCUCCUGCUUCCACAUCAAGAGAUUCGAGCACUCUCACACUCGAAAAAUGUCGAGGAAAGUCGAUCGGUACCUGCAGUUCCCUUUCUCGCUGGACAUGGCACCAUAUCUAUCUUCUUCCAUUUUGAGGAGUCGAUUCGGGAACCGGGUCUUCUCAUUCGAAGGAGAUGAUGGAGAUGACGUGGCAGCAAACGAGAUGUCCUCGGAAUUUGAGCUGUUUGCCGUGGUGACCCACUCGGGAAAGCUGGAUGCUGGUCAUUAUGUCACGUAUUUGCGGCUGAGCAAUCAGUGGUAUAAAUGUGACGACGCAUGGAUUACCAGAGUGAACGAGAAUGUGGUGAGGGCUGCGCAGGGGUACAUGAUGUUUUAUGUGCAGAAGAUGCUUUAUUACAGAGCGAGUGCCCAGGUAUGCCCAUCGUGAUACUGGAUAUACUACCAGGCAAGCAUGGAACCAGUUUUUGAUGCUGGGGAAGUAAGCCAGCUGGCAAUGCCGAUGCACGACAUGGUCACAAUGACAGGCAUUCGACGCCAGUCGUCAGUUUGCUGAAGCGUGCAGAGUCUGGUCAAGGCUCAUUCUGCAUUACAGAAAAGAAUAAUCAAGCAAAUGGACUCUCUUCUUGAACACCUUCUACCGGGUGGUUCUGCUGGUGAUUUCGGCUAUUGGUUUUAGGGUUACAAUGGCAGUUGCAGCAAUGGAUUCGUGGAAUAUUGGCUUCCUUUUUUGCGUCGAACUAUUUCGUUCUUCGAUUUCCUUUGCCUAUUCUAUUCUGUUGGUUGAAGAAAGCAUUGUUUUGGUGGUGGUGGUGGUGGGAUCAUAGUGAUGAUGUAUUACUGGUUUUUGGGUUGCCUUUUGUAUCACCAUCAGGAUCCCCAUUGGGAGUGUAGUAGUAAACUACUAAACUCGAUAUAGAACGUUGAUAUGGCGACAGUUGAAAAAUACUCCAAAAUUGAUACCUAUAGCUGCUAUAAUCAUCAAAUUCUUCUUGUUACGUCGUAGAAGUGGAAAGAGAUGGCUUUCUGUAUAUAAGUUCCAAAUGCAG